AUGCCUUCUCUGCAGCACCCGUUUCAGUGUCUGCGAUAUGUCGCAAGAGAAUCAGCAGGCCAGUCUGAUUUGCUAAUUGCUACUGCUGGUGCCAAGGUCUAUUCAUACUCUGCUUCUACUGGCGAAUGUCUAGAUGUUUUCCCGAGUGCGUAUGAAUUGGCCGUCUCGGACGAUCUCAAGAGUCCCCCGGGCAAGAGACGCAAGCUAUCUUCGCCUGAGCAGAAGGAUGAGCAAUCCGAGUCUGCAGAUAAGGGGUCGAAGGAAGAGGUCAAGCUCACUUGGUCCAACAUUCCCCUCCUAAUUGUGGCCAAAAGCAAAUAUGUAAUCUUCCUUACUGCCGAGGACAAGUGUGUCCGAGUCUACAGCUUGAGCGGCAAUGGACAAUUCGUAAAGGAGAGCGUCCGAACAAUGCCAAAGCGGCCAAGUGUGUUGGCUCUGACACCUGAUGAAAAUGACAUCCUGUGCGCCGACAAGUUCGGCGAUGUGUACAUCAUUCCCGUGAUUCCCAGCUCAGAGUACAAGCGAACCGUGGCCGAAGAGAAGGAGUAUACUCCAUCUGCCACUAAUCUCACUGUGCAUACGAGACGCAACCUGGAAUCUUUGGAGCAGCAGAAGAGACAAGCUGCGUUGAAGAAGAAAGCCUCAGUAGAGACCACUGCACUCAACUUCGAGCAUCAGGCCAUCAUUGGUCAUGUUUCCAUGCUGACAGAUAUGGUCUCUGUCACCAGGCCUGCAGACUCAAGCAUCAGUCACCCAAGGAGUUACAUCCUGACUGCGGAUCGUGAUGAGCAUAUCCGUGUAUCCCGUGGUCACCCCCAAGCGCAUGUCAUUGAACAAUACUGCUUUGGUCACACUUCUUUCAUUAGCAAGCUUUGCAUUCCUUCCUGGGCACCGGAUGUUCUCGUCUCAGGUGGUGGCGACAAGCAUUUGCUUGUGUGGAACUGGGUUGGGGGUCAGGUCUUGCAGAAGGUCUCUCUGUCUGAGUCUGAAACCGACAUCAGUGUUUCUGGAAUCUGGGCUGUCUCCAUCAAUGAUACGAACAACAUCUUUGUUGCAAUUGAAGGAUCUUCGCAACUUCUUUGCUACACCCUCGAAAACGACAACACGCUAAAGCAACAAGAGACCCUUCAGCUCUCAGGCAAUGUAAUUGAUCUGGUUUCGAUCAGCUCCAAGGGCAGCAUUGUUGUUUCCCUAGACAACCUGCGCGAACCCAACUCGACCAGUGUCUGGAGAUCAUCUCCCCAGGCUCUUCUGGAAACCUUCCGAGUUGAAUAUGGAAAAUGGAUCCCUACGGAGGACUCAGUUGUUUCCAAAAUCAACGAUAAGGACAGCACAAUCGUUGAGGCGGAAUUGGACGAGAAGACCACCAAGUCGCUAAACGAACAAUUGUACGGUUUGUCUGUUCUCCGGAAGAACCCUGCGUGGGAUUAA